AGCAAUCUCUCAUAUUAUCUCUGGCUAAUAUGAAAAUUAAAAAUAUUUCAUCUAUUUUGUGUCAUAAUGAUGGAUUUCAUGAGUUUUCGAAGAAAAAAGAAAACAAUAAACUACUGUGAAUUGAAACAUAAUUUUUGUUGACUUAAAUGUUUGAAUAUUCAAAAAUAACAUUUAGUUUAUUUUAUAAUGACAACCUCUACAAAUGGAAAUGGUAACUUAAUUGACGAGUUUGAAGAAGCUUUUCAGCAUUGUUUGAAUCUAUUUUCUAUUGACGAUGCAUCGGAAUACUUUACUAAUGGGUUUAAAACUGUCGAAAUAGAAAAAAAAUUAGAUGUCGAUCAAGUCACCCAUCGCUUCAUUGAUUUAGCUCGUCAAGUUGAGGCUUUUUUUCUACAAAAACGAUUUUUACUGUCAGCUUUAAAACAAGAACUUAUCAUUAAAGAAGAUGUUACUGAUUUAAAAAUAGAAAUAGUACGCAAAGAAGAACUUAUAAAAAAGCAUUAUGAAAAAAUAUUGACUUGGCAAAAUUUACUCUCUGAAAUGCAUAGUUGGGUGCAGCCAAAUGGAGGGAAUAUUGGAUUGAACACUAAUAUUCAUGCUUGUGGAAGCAAUGGAAACAAUACAAAUGUACAUCAUAUUUUACAUCAACAGAUACAACAACAACAGCAAUUACAAAUGCAGCAAUUACAGCAACAACUUCAACAAGUACAAGGAACAUCAGGUUCUGCUUCUAAUGUAUCAGGAACUGGAAUUUCGAUUGUUCAACCUAAUAUUUAUAUAAGCCAAGGAAACGCUACUUCCAGAUCAGCCGGAUUUAUAGUCAGUAGUAUUAACAAUAGCAAUUUACAAGGUCCCUUGGCUUUUCUUGAAAAAACUACUAGUAAUAUAGGAGUGCCAGAAAGAAGGAGUUGACGGGGAAGGGGGAGGGGACGUAGUAGAGGUCGCGGAAGAGGUCGAGGUCGCGGAAGAGGUAACAGAUUAUCAUCUCCAUUGCCUUUAUUGGACCCUUCGGAUUCUUUGAACUAUGUGAAUGCUGCAACAAAUACAGCCAUAGCACUUACUGAAACGUCCCUUCCCUCACAACAAGAACCACCUCCAUGUAUUUAAAAGACUGAUUAUUAGGAGAGCGCCAACUUAAUGGAAUAAAAGAUCUAUUUUUUCAAAUUAGCUUAAUGAAAAGAGCACAUUGUACGGUAAGGUCAAUGUAAGCCAAUAUGUUAUUUUUGAAUGAGAUUAGUAUCUACGACUUCACAGUUUAUUGAUAACCAAACCAGUCAAUGUAGUUUGUCAUCAUCCUACUGGAAUUUAUCCAAAUGGCCGGCCUUUUAUUUAUCUUCAAAAUCAAGUUUUAGAUAGCGCUCUCCUGUGCAUACGUAAUUUUACUCUGGAUGAAUAUCUUUUUAUUUUUGAUUUAGUAAAAAAUUUACUCAUUAUAAGCGUAUUUAUUCAAUUCCAAUGUAA